AGCGCGCUGUCCGGGCUGCAGGUCAGUGGUUGCCUCCCCCUCCCCCCCCCGACGGGUCGACUGUCCAGUGUAGGCGGCAGCGGGCCCAGGCAACAGCCCCGGCCCGCUCCCCGAUCUCCAUCCCUCUCCUCAAGUCACCGCCUCUGAUCCUUGUCCCCAACCCGCCCGCACUGGAGGAAGGGCAGGUCGCCGGGAAAAGCAGCUGGCGUCACGCUGGCUGAGAGGCGGCAGCGGAUAUUGAAGCUGGGAGAUUUUCAUUAAAAUUGGAACAAUGAGAGUAGCAGGUCCAGUAAAAUUUGGGGUAGUCAUUGUAGUGUUUUUGCUGAUGGGCUAUCUCGCAUUCCAAAUAUUUGAAAUCAAAAUAGAAGGAAAUUUGAAAUCAAUAUUUGCCAGAUCACAAGAUGAUGUGCAAGUACAAGCAACAAAGCUACCAAAGUACAAAUGUGGCCUAGCAAAGCCUUGCCCUGAGGAUCAUUUUGCAUUCAAAAUGUCCAGUGGAGCAGCAAAUGUUGUUGGACCCAAAAUCUGUAUUGAAGAUAAAAUAAUAAUGAGUGGUGUUAAAAACAACGUUGGUCGGGGCAUAAACAUUGCUGUGGUAAAUGGUAAAACUGGUGAAUUAUUGGAGACUAAAAUUUUUGACCUUUGGAGUGGAGAUGUAAACCCUUUCAUUGAUUUCCUGAAAAAGGUGAAGGAUGGAACAAUAGUAUUUAUGGCUACUUAUGACGAUGCUGCAACCAAACUUAAUGAUGAAGCACGCAAACUUAUAAGUGAACUGGGAAGUUCAUCCAUCUCGAACCUCAGCUUCAGAGACAACUGGAUAUUUGUUGGUGCAAAAGGGAUUCAAUCAAAGAGUCCUUUUGAACAGCAUAUAAAGAAUAAUAAAGAGACAAACAAAUACGAAGGCUGGCCAGAAGUUUUAGAAAUGGAAGGAUGCGUUCCCCCCAAAAAGGAAUAAAAACCCUUGAGAAUAAAAUUAUAUUUGAACAUAGUUUCUUUGUUUUGACUUGACCAAGUUUUCUGUUCAUUUUUCUUUUAAACUUAUCAUUUGAUUGUCAAUUUAGUCCCUUACAAUUACUGUUCCAUUUUUUUUUUACGUAAAGAAACAACCUUGUGUUUUUUGUGUCAGAACCUACUGGUCCAUACAGGGACAAACGCCUUGAUGCUCCCCCAUUUCCUGUAACAAAUUUUUUUGUUCAACGGGUAUUCGUACUUGCAAUUUAUUUUGGAGGAAUAACAGAACUGGAACAAAACUGGUCAAAAAUCGUUGCUUAUGUUUUCUGGAAAGCAGAACUUGAUUGAUCCAUUGUGCUGCAGAUUGCAUGUUUAUAAAUGUGAAUCAUAAUCAUGAUGAAAGAAUUAAAUGGCAUAUUGUGUGCUGAUGGUUUUUGUAUAAGUUGUUCUUCCAAACCUCUCAUGUGGAAACCAAAGUCCAGUGUUCGGGCUAGGAAAUUAACAUUGUCAGAUUAAUGUCAGCUGAUCAGAAGCACUUGUAAUUCACAAUUGCAAAAUUCAUGCUUGGGAGGGAAAUUGGAUUUCUUGUGUAUAUUUAUUUUUUUCCCUUUUUAAUGUCAUGUUUUAUCUUUAUGCAUUAGUAAACAUUAGUGAAUUUAUGCAGCAUCGCAGGAGAUUGUAGUGUUUGGAUAUACUCAUUUAUUCUGCUGGAUGAUUUGUUUUCUAAAGCAUGUUAGAUGUGGAUGUAAUGAAAGUAAUUAUUUUUGUUUUAAUGCUGACAAUGUUAUGUUGUCUCUAAUUCUUCACAGCUAGUGUUGAUUAACAUUAGAACAGUGAAUUUCAAUCUUAUUUUUAUAAAGAGUAGACAUUCCUGUGGAAGCUUGAAUCCUUUUUUCCACGAAGUGUCACCUAACCUGAGGAAAAAUAUUUUAAUAGGUCUUUUUAAAGUAGGAUACAGCAGCAAGAACAGCAUGUAAAUCAAUGAAAGGAAAUGCAGCACAAGAAUCUGGUGACAGUAAUUGAAGGGACUGGGCCCCAAUCUCAGCUUGUGUGUUAAUAUAAAUGGAAAUGAAAGUGAAAUCAUAGCUCUAGGAAAACUUCAACUGAGAAAUUUACAAUUUCUAUUAUGUGAACAAUUUUACCGUGUCAUUUCUGUAUCUGUCCAUUGAGAAAAUGUUGUGCAAACUUCUAAAAAGGCUCUAUGCAUUUCUGUAAUGAUGUAGAUGUCACUUAUCUGUUUGCAAAAUGAAUCAAUCACCAGCUCAGAUCCCUAAGAUUUAGUUCAUGACUUUGUGUGUAAUUAACAGCUCACCACUGUUUGGCUGUAAAUAUUAAUAAAAUGUCUUGAAAUCAUCUAUAGGUAUAGAAGGGAGAGGUAAAAUAAAAUAACUGCUUUUUUUCCAGAAGGGGAGAAAUGAAAAUAUCCCGUUAUUUUCUAAGUCAGCUGUUUUGCACUUUUGCUAACUGUAAAAUAUUUGUUUUGUGUAUGAAUGUGGCUUUCUAUAUGCUAAUGAGUCUUAAAUGCAGAACUCAAAUGGAAUUCAAAAUUACUGUAAUAUAGAGAUAAAGAAAUCAGGUUGCAAUUAA